AUGGCCGCCGAUCGCUGGAGAUGUGCUCUACAGUCUCCUGGUUCGAAAUGGUCUGAAUCAUUGGUGGAUCAGGGGGAUAACGUUGUCCUUACUCCUAAAAAUGUGCAGGCAUUAAGGACUCUUUUCAAUGUAGCUCAUCGAUUGCAUAACUUGUUGGGCCCCUCAUGGGUUUUGGUGUUGGAGACUCUAGCAGCUCUAGAUCGAGCAAUCCAUUCUCCACAUGCAACAACACAAGAGGCUUCUACCACUGUCCCAAAGCUUACAAGAGAUUCAUCUGGCCAAUACAGUGACUUCAAUAUUCUGUCGUCAUUGAAUUCUCAGCUUUUUGAGAGCUCAGCACUUAUGCGCGUAUCUGCUGUUAAAUCACUUCUUUCUGCACUACGUCAACUGUCACAUCAAUGCAUGGUGAGCACUUUAAGUGGGAUUGGACAAGCAUCAAGCCAAAAAAUUGGAAGCAUCUGUUUUUCAGUGGAGAGAAUGCUGUCUAUCAUUGUCAAUAAUCUUCACCGGGUGGAACCAUUGUGGAAUGAAGUUGUUGGCCAUUUUCUUGAGCUUGCUGAUAGUUCGAAUCAGCAUGUACGCAAUGUGGCGCUUGAUGCAUUGGAUCAGUCAAUUUGUGCUGUUUUAGGUUCGGAGCAGUUUCAGGAGUGUACAUCCAGAACAAAUAACUUAUCUCGUAAUAUUGAAACCACGUUUACAGAGUUAAGAUCAUUGGAAUGUGCUAUCAUAUCUCCUUUAACGGUCCUCUAUUCAUCAACUCAAAGCUUUGACGUUCGUGCUGGAUCUCUANUUUUUUUCCCCCCCCCCCCCCCCUCCCUCUUCUUUCAGAGACAUGGAGAGAAGCUGCACUACAGCUGGCCAAAUAUUCUUGAGCUGUUGAGGUCUGUGGCUGAUGCGUCAGAGAAAGAUAUUGUCGCUCUAGGAUUUCAGGUUAGAAAAGAAAAACUCUGA